UGCCGUUGUUUUGGCGCCUUAUUCGGGCUGUCAAUCACAGCUGGGCGGGUUUUCCAACUGCCGCCCUCCCCAUUCUCCUCAAGACGCGAUCAAGUUUCCUCCGACCCCUCGCGAUCUUGUACAAACUAAUAAGCGUACGACAGCAAAACAAUUAGGGCUUGAACUAUAGCGGCUUGGCAUAAUAUAUCUCAUCCCCGGGAGGUGCAGCGGAAGCGAUCGCGACGUGGUCGGGAGGAGGAGCCGAGGUGGCCCGAAGGCGUCUGUCGGUACGCACGUACUCACACCUCCGGUUUUUUUAAAGACAACACCAAACGUCGUCUUGAAGUCGGUCGUUGGGGUCGCGGAUCCGGUGUAUCGCCGUGUAGCUAAAAGACGGCCAUUCUUCCAGGUUUCCAGGAUGAUCUAAUACACUGCAGUGCUUAAAGAAACCACAACAAGAAGUCUACGACAUGGAUCCUGUUAGUGGCGCAGAGGGGGAUGAGGAAUGGAGUGAGAACGACGCGCUGGACAAUACGGAUGAACUCAUUAAUCCAGACAUUGCAUCUGACCUGGAAGAGAUGGCAGAUGAACCUGAGAGUCCUCGCUUCAUACCCAAACUGGACGCAGCAGACUUGAUCAUGGAUGCCAUCGACAGGGAGUUGUAUGAAGUCAUGAGGAUUGAUGGUCCAGAAAAAAGACCAAAGAGUCCUGCAAGAUCUUCCAGGCCAAAGAGUCCAUCAAGAACCUGGAGUCCAGAGAAGGACAGUGGCACCACCUCCUUGAGAAGUUCGUCCCCUGGGCGGAGAAAACGCCCCGGGAAGACAGAGCGAGAAGUACUGAUGGCAGCGGGUGUGGAGUUUGAUACAGGAGACGAGACAACUGCAUCAACAGCUAGAGAAGAAAAACAAGUGGUCAGAACGGGAGGCAGCGUGGACACGGGACUAGGCACAGGCAGUAGCCACACCCUGGGGAGCGUGGACCAGGUGGUCUCCUCUGAUGAGGUGGAGAAUGAGAUCCAGAAGCAGCGCAGGAUCAAGGGGAAGGUGUCCACCUACUCAGAUGGGGAGGAGGAGGAGGACCAGUAUCAGGACCAAGAUACUAUACUAUAUGAAACUGCAGACGGUUCCAGAGGCGCAGAAACCAGGAGCAGAUUCAGCAAAGAUGAAGAUGGCAGCUCCCAUGAUUCUUUGCACCCUUCCCAUGAUCCCCAGCCUUCCCAAAAGAGCAGCCAUGACACUGAAUUUUCAGGAGAGGACUUAGAGAACGAUUCCAAACCCGCCCGUGUCAAAAAGACGAAGAGCAUGGCAAUGAGUGAUACGGACUCAGUCAGGACUGAAGACUUUGAGAAAAAGUUCCGAGAGAUUUCUGGAGGAAACCCAUGGAUGAAUCCGUCCUCAAAGCACAAUUCUGCAGACUCUGAUUCAACCGUCACUGACGGGGAGACAAGAAAGAGUAGAGGAAGCUCGGGCAGCAAAAGUGGCAAAAAACGGGAGCAGCAGGGUGUCUGGGAUUCACUUCCGCCGCAUCUUAGACCAUACAAGAAAAAUUCACGAGAUACAGACGCGAGCUCUGUUGCCACUGAAGAGUUCGAGUCAAGAUUCAAAGAUUCACUUAUUGUCAGUGAUGCAGACAAUUCAUCCCCUAAGAAGAAAUCAUCUCCACAAAAGAAGCCUGCGAGAGCAGACAGUGGCGCAAGUUCUAUCAGAACAGAAGAGUUUGAGGACAAAUUCAAGGAUUUGGUUAUUCCAAGCAAUAGCAAACCUGCUGGCACAGGAAGGAACCAGCCAACUCUGAGUGACGAUUCCGAAAAAGUCAACACAGAACAGAAACCAAAGGGGAAAAGUCCUCAGUCAGGAGCCAUGCCUCGCAAGUACCUCUACCUGACAAUGAAAGACUUAACAUCAACUGACACAGAGUCAAAUUUUAGUGAGCAAAUGAAAGGUAAAGGUACCAACAAAAAGGGCUCAAGCGAUAGUGCCUUCUUUGAUUAUGACAAGUGGAAGAAGGAUUUGGAAGGGGACAUUGAAUUCGCAAGGACCGAAGAUUCCUUGACUAAGGAUGUUCAUGACAGUGGUCAUGAUGACUUGAACACCAGCGAUGACGUGGAGUCCAUCCACACCUCUGGAUCAUGGAGCCCGGAGGGGACAAUUCUACAAAAGCCGUCCACAAGGCACUCCAGCCCCAUGCCACAACCCCUGCUGGAGGAAAAAUCUCCUUCACCAGGGAAGCAAAGACCUGGCUCUCCUUCAAGGCGGCUGGCUUCACCCAGCAGCAAGCGGCCGCGAUCGAUGGAAAAAGAACAAACCAACGCUCCUGCAAAAGUCCAUCCUUCCUCAGACAGGAUAGUCAUAGAAGAGGCAUGGGAAGUCCAAGAAGGUAGCCCAGAGAAACAGGUCCCGAACGGAUUCCUUAGUCAGGAUGUUGAGGUGAGGAGGGGCUUUCGGCACUACUCGUCACCGGAUACGAGUAGCUCCUUAGACGAUUCCGGAGAGGUUCCAGAAGGAAACGGCCCAACAAUCAACGUAAUGCCAAAGGAAAGAAUCGACAUUCUUUCAAAGUACCUAGAUAAGCAGCUUGACAGCAUCAACAAGGGUGAGACGGGAGACUCCACCACUGUAGAAGAGGAGGAGGAGGAGGAAAAUGAAGAGAGAGAGGAGAAAACAAAGAAGCAGGAAGAAAGAGGUUUGUCUCAGCCCCCACUGUACCGUGAAGGCUCCUACACAAGUCUGGACACCUGCAGAACAGAGGAGUACAACGACAGGUUUAGGAGAAUGAUGGUCAAGCAGGUAGCAGGCGUGCCCAUCACCAGUUUUGACACCGUCACCGUGGCCAGCGACCUGGACUCGGUCAGGACGGACACUGUUCGCGACAGGUUCCAGGAGAUCAUCGGAGGAAAAGGAUCUGGCUCCAGGGCAACCACUGAUUUUGAGCUGAGUGAAGCUGAAUCUGAGAAACCACAAAAAAGGCAUGCUGCUAACAGGAGAGAAGCACUAGAGGAUGGACUGAGCGACUUUGAAAGCGUGAAAGCCUACCCUUCGCGCACACCCCGCUAUGGAGUCGUAGUCGACAGUGAAGCUGAGGAUAUCGACAACGAACGAGAGACGGAAGUUGUGAGUGAUGUUGAGGACAGCCCCAAACACGCCAGCCCAGAGUUCAACAAGCAGGACAGCUACUUCAGGAGUAGUAGACUAGGAGCAAUGGGACCCAGUGAAGGUGGGAGGAGAGACUCUGGCAAGAUGCAGUCCACACCCAAGACGUACUCUACUCUACCUGAUGUAUCGGCCAGUAUGCCUGACGUGUCCGCUAUCAGUGUUUCCUCGGACAGAAACAGGAGCCCAGGUCUCGGCGGACGCUAUCGCUCCUAUGAGGACAUCAACUCUACGAUGGUGCCUCGCACAGAAAGGACCAGCCACAGUCCGUCUAGCCUGCGGGAUGCUGAGCAAGGGUUACGGGAUGCUCAAACUCAAAAACAGACUGUGCUGUCCGAGAUGAGGGAGAUUCAAGAGUCGCUAAAGAACAAGAGGUCAGAGGUCAACCAGGCUGAACAUGACGUCCAGGACAUGCAAAGCAAAUCAGAUGAGCUCAGGUCAGAGAUCAUGAUGCUGGAGUACAAGCGAGACAGUGUGGAGAAGGAACUACAGGGGCUGCACAAGAACAUGGAGGCCAUGACCAGGCCUUCCAGCCGCCAACGGGACCGAGAGGAACUUGGCAUGUCCAAGGAUCAGGUGUUGGAAGUCGUGCGUGAGCGGGAUGAGUUGCGAGCGCGCCUGCGGAGCGGGGAGGGUCAGAUCAGCGGUCUGGAGCGGAAGGAGCUGGAGAGACAGCUGAACGCGGCCAAGGAGGACCUCUUCAGCGAACAGCGCAAGUCUCGAGCAAAGGUGGAGGAGUUGCAAGAUGACCUUGAGGAGUGCAAGCGACAACUGGAAGAGUCUCAGCUGGACAAGGGGGAUGCUGUCCACCAGAUGGAACAGCUACAUCUCAAAGUCAAGGAACUGGAGCGGGCCAGGAAGAGGGACAUUGAGAACAAGACAGAUGCGGUAGAUAAGGCCAGCAAGAGAACCUGGGCAGAGUUGACCGACUUGAGAUCACAGCUCGCAGACAGAGACAGGAGGAUUGUCUCUCUAGAAGCAGAGCUCCAUGAGAAAGACAAGCUGAACAGAAAACUUCAGGAGACUGUUUACAAGAUGCAAGAGGAGCUCAGCCAGGAAAGUGAACUGAAGGACAGCCUGAUAGAGGAGAAUGAGAAAAAUGUUGUAAAACUCAAGAAAGACAAGGAGACCUCACUUGCUGCACUCCGCCACAUGCUGCUAGAAGAUAAACAGAGAGAACUGGACAGGCUGGGAGACCAGUCUGACCGGGAGCGAAGGGAUAUCCUUGCCCGCCAGGAGGAGCGAAUGGCGGAACAGCUGGCUGAGAUGGAGCAAAGGAUUUUGGCCAAAGACGAUGAAGUGACGAUGGUACGUGAGCGCCUGCGCCAACAGGAGGAGGCCACGCGCACCCUGGGAGACAGGAUGAGACUGGAGGCCAAGGAACAGAUUCGAAGUGCAAUCAGCAAGGAGAAGGCCUCCUGGGAAACCGAAAAGGAGCGAGCGUUUCAGCGUGAGAAAGAUCGUUGGCAGGACGACUCAAACAAACAGAUCAGUAGAGUACAAGAGGAGCUGGAGAAGGAGAGACAACUGCACAACCAAGCUGACAAGAACUGCACUGGCCUUAAACAGGAGCUGGACCAGGCCCGUCAGCAGAUCCGUGCAGCACACAGAGACAAACUAGCCGCCAUUAACGAGGUCCGCGACUCCAUGAAGGUGGAGAAGGAGGAGGAGAUCAAACAACUCAGGGAACAGCUAACGCAGGGCCUGCUCUCCCAGAUUAAUUCCUGGAAGGAAAAAGUCAGCGAUGUAGAAAAGCUGAGGGAGAAGAUGAGGAAGCUGGAAGACGAGCUGCGCAUGGUGAGAAGUGAGAAAAAUUCCGCCGCUGUACGGGAAAAGGAGACCUCGAUGCUGUUGGACAGACACGAGAAAUCUGUCGUCUCAGAAAUCAACGAUGAGUGUCAGAGGAGCGCUCAGCUGUUGGGUACUGCUCCCAGGAGUGUGAAAGUACCAAGUGGUGAAGAAGAUGAUGAGUUUGACCAGUCCCUGGACAUUAGUGAGAACAGAGGCCAGAGUCCACACAAGUCCAGGUCUGCUGUGUCAGAAGCACUGGCUAACCUCAAAGCGACAAACACGGACCUCCGGCAGCUGGUGACGGGACUGCACGAGGAAAUGGCAUCACAGAAGAAAGCAACUCAGCAGGUUAACAAAGAAAAGGAAAGGGAAGUAAAGCAGCUGAGAGAGCUGUACCACAGUGAGAAGGAGAAGGAAGUGGAGACUAUGAGGGAAAAACUCAUUCAGGAUCAUCUGGAUGAGAUCGGUAAGCUCCAACAGGCAGUGAAGAAGGACAAGGACGAGGUGUCCUCCCUGCAGCACAACCUCAUCUCUAAGGACGAAGAGCUGAGGGAAAUCCAGCGCAACAUGACGGCCUGGAAGGACGCCACGAUAAAGAAGCUGGCCAAAAAGUUUGAACAGGAGAUGAACCUGGAACUGGAAAAACGGCAGCAUGAGAAGGACAGACAGGCCCACUCCUCUCAGCUCAAGAGAAUAGAGGAACUAGAAGAAGAAGUACAGAGACUCUCUGUGGUCAGGAAAACUUUCCAGAGCACGCCAAGCACACCGUCACGUGUGUCUGGUCCGUCCAGUUUGUCUCAGUCCUCCAGUUUGUCUCAGUCCUCGCUGGCAGGGGGAGACGCCAGCACCAUCAAACUGCUGCGCCACCUUCAGGAGAGAGUCAAGCAGCUGAGGGUGGAGAACAAGGAGCUGAGGAGGCUCAGUGGGGAGGGGGGCGAUGCCAUCAACGGGAACGGCACCCCUGAUGCUUCUACACUUCAGGAGGAGGCCAUCCUGAGGGAGAGUCCGUACGUCCAGAACCUGGAGCGGAAGCUGAAGCACAUGGACCGGCAGCUGAACAUUGCGGAGGAGCGCGCCCAGAAGAACACCGCGCUGCUCGGACAGAAGAUGGUGGAGCUGACCAAGCUGCAGAACCAGCUCACGCACCAAACCAAGGUAGAGCCGCGUGGACAGAAUCGGCACUAGUAGCGGAAACACGAGUGUGCUACCACGCAUGAGUAUCUUCAUUUGGAACGUUCGUACUCGGAUAUGCAGAAGAGAUACCACAGAGGAGGUCUUAGAUAACAAACACAGAAAACCUAGAGUAUUUUUGCAGUAAUAAACCAGUUCAUGGUUCAAGCUGCUCAUGCACAGCGAGAUAGAUGGCAGCCCCUGAGACAUUGUCCAGCUCUACAAUUGAGGCAGUCGUAUUGAGGUCACCUGAGUGGCGCCGAAUGGCAGCUCGCUCCAGACCCUUGCGAUUUAGCCCCGCCUAUUGUAAGCUCCUUGCAAUUCAGCCCCUGGCUGCAAAGAGAGAGUAGUUGCCCCACCCAAUGACAACAAUAACAUUAUCUUUGAACAUGUAUUAAGCAUGUAUUAAUCAUGUAAGCAAUUGUGUAUUACACAAUUGUUUUCAGCAUAGGGGA